AUGGACAGCUCACUGGAAAAUACAACUAUUUCUUUAUCCAAAUGUUCUUUAGAGUCAGAAUUUACUGAAAGUGGAAGAGAGAACAGCAUCAGAUCUUCUAGUGAUUUCCUACAAAGUUUUGAAGACUGGGAUUGUUUUGAUGAUGAGCAAGAUUCUUUUUGUGAUUCAAGUGGUCUAGAAAUAGAAGAAAAGACCAUUAAUUGCUCUGGAACUGAUGCAGUUCAAAAUACAGCUAUAUUUGUGGAAACAGGCAGCACCUUACCAUCCCAUUUGCCUGCAAAUACAAGAGAAAAUAGUGACCAAAAUAUUACUAGUGGUUUGGUAAGGAAAAUUGUGAGUGGAACUGAUGCUCAAGCAUGCAAUAGUCAAGGCUUAAUACCGCCUCACAUCGGUCAAAUUUAUGAUGAAUUAUUUGUCAUACAUCAGAAGCUCCAGAGAGAAAGUUCAGCACAGCAGGAGUAUGCUCUGCAACUCCAGAAAAAAGAGCAUUUUCUAACAGAGCGAGAAGCAUUACUUUUUAGACAUGAAGCAGCUUUGGCUAAAAUAAGAGGUGUUGAGGAAGAAGUUCACACAAAAAUCGGAAUUAUAAAAGAGCAACAUGAGGCAGAAGUUAAACAGCUGACAGAAGCCUUGAGAGAAAUAACGAAAGAAAAUAGAAGGCUGAAGUCGUCAUUUGACACCUUGAAGGAAAUGAAUGACUCUUUAAGAAAACAGUUAAGUGAUGUAACUGAGCUGAACAAGAAGUUGGAAGGUCAAGCAAGAAAAGUACAAGCUCGUUUAGAGAAUCUACAAAGGAAGCAUGAAUUUUUAAUGGUACAGAAGUCUAAGGAUAUAUGUCAAGUGGUGCAACAAAGUAAACCUGUCAAGCAGGAAAAAGUGACGGUAACAUCAAAAAUUGCUAAGCUACCAAUGAAUUCACAAGUUUAUGAGCUCUUAGCUUUUCUUAUGGAUUGGAUCUCCGACAAGCACCUUAGCAAAAUAAAAAUACACGAAGAAAGAGAGGACAGUCAUAAACUUCUGGUUACCCAGAUCUCCAAAAAAAACUGCACCCAGGAAAGUUGUAUGAAGCUUUUGCCUAUAGCUACUGAGCAACUCCAGUGGAUGCCAUUUGUGAAUCCUAAACUACACAUGCCUGUGAUUAAAUUUAUUUACUGGUCUAUAAGACAGCUAGAUGAUGGUAUUCAGCAUGCAACAAUGACAUCAACAAUGAGGAGACUUGGCGAAGAUAUUUUCAAAGGCAUAGUAAGUAAGGGAAACCCACAUAGUUCUUCUGAACAGUCUACAGAGAGUAAAUCAAAAUCGGCAGCUUUCUUUAAGAGUUCCUGUAUGCCUUUGAGGUUUCUGUCAACUUUAAUUGUGCUUAAAACAGUGACACAAGUGGAUUACCUGGCUCAAGCAUUUGAUUCCCUUCGCAUAGACUUGAAGACAGAUGAGGGGAAAGCCUUAUUUUUGGAAUACCAAUGUGUACCUGUCAUAUUAAGUCACUUAAAAGUAUCCAGUAGAGGUCUGCUUUCCAGUGCUCUUGAUGGAUUACUUCAGAUGACCAUGGAAUCUGGUUCCUUACAGCCUUUCCUGGAAGCCUGCAGUAAUGAAUCCUUCUUCCGUACUUGCUCUGUAUUGCUUCGAAGUUCUAAGCUAGAUAUUCAGAUUUUGGAAAAGCUCUGUGUUAUACUGCAAAAACUCUCCAGAAUAAAAAGCAAUAAGAAGAUGUUUGAAUUGUUUACACUUCACCAAAUGAUCCAAGAACUACAUAGGACUACAAAUCCAGAUCAUGCUUUCCUCUAUGUAAACCUCAAUUCAAUUCUGUUGAAUUUGGGAUUGUCGAGGAGUAACUCUCUUACCUCCAGUCUAAGCACAAGUCCCUAG